AUGUCGAUAAUAUUAAAAGACGACGAUGAACUUAGUGGCUACCAAGUAGUUGGUAUGCCCAAAGACGGGUCUUGUCUCUUCCAUUCAAUAUCUUUCUUGGUGUAUGGUAGAACUGACUCAACUUGCAGUAUCAGAUCUGCUAUAGUUGCAUACGUUGCUGAACAUUGGGACGAAAUGCAAGUGUACACGUGUGAUGCUGAUGGUGACGUAUAG